CAGAUACAGACGCUCCCCAUGCGCUGCCGCCGCGUCUGCCACCAAAGUGCCGCCGUCUCAUGUCUCGUCUGGACUGUGCUGUAUACCGUACCUACCGUACCCAUCGACCUCGUCCUGUCUGCUUGCUCGUCCUCGCCAUCACGCAUUGCUUUGCGCCUCUCGCUGCCUCGCGCUCCUCCACACAGGGACACUGAUUGCCCUUGUCACCCGACAGCUCGUCGACUCGUGGCGCAGGAUCCUGCAACGAAACCGGCGUCAACUCUCACUCGCAACUCAUCAAGCAAAGCCACCAUCACCUUUACCACCACCUACAUACAUCGUCCAAUCCGUUCUCGCCUUCCCUCCCUUCCUGCGCCGCCAGCCAUCAUCCUUCAGACUCUGACCUUGGCAUCGUCUCAUGCACACGUCUCGACUCCUCGUUCCCGCGGUCCAACACUCAAAACCCACAUCUUUGUUCCUGCAGCCCGUACGGUAGCACCGCCGACGUUUAAGUGGCCGCAUGUCCAGCACGCCUUGACGCGGCACCACCGUGAGCACCCCCUUCAUCGAUAUUCCCGUCCCGUGGCAUAGGGAUCAAAAUCCAUCUCGCCGCUGCUUCCGUCUUCAUUGUUGCCCUCUUCGUCGUCACUUGUACCCCGAACCCGGUCGCGUAGCUAUCACAGGAAGCAGUCCACUGCCAGUCUCAGUUGCGCUGCCGUGCCCUUGUUUAGCGCACGCGCCUUCGGUGCGACAGAAGCCGCCCUUUUCACCUCGCCGGCAUCGUCGCCGGUUGCUGUCACCGACCCGGAGACGGCAUUGGGCCCCGGUUACGCUCGUCUCAUCCUGCUCGUUUACCGAGGCUGACACGCCUUCCCUUGAAAUCCAGAAGUCGGCGGCCUGCUACUCUCGAUACGCGUCCCGCCAACCGCCUGCGUGCAGCCACCACCAUCUUGGGCGACGUCACACAUCCUCAGCUUUCCGCACCCGGUCCAAGCAUCUGUCGUCCUUGCUCGAUUUCAUUUGGAGUCAUAGCGCCUGUCUCUAGCCCUUUGGCUCUCAUAGCAUUACAGGUUAUUAGUCCCAAGCAUCAAUACCCUCACCUCGUACCCGCUUUGGGCCAUUUCUUCACCUUGAGUCCCUGCCACCAUGGUGUACUGCGGCAAACCCUCCCGGGGCUGUCAGAUGUGCAGAACCCGCAGGAUAAAGUGCGAUGAAACCAAGCCCACCUGUAACCAGUGUGCCAAGAGCCGAAGGAUAUGUCCCGGCUACAAGGACGAGUUCGACUUGGUCUUCCGAAACGAGACGCAGGCGACGGAGAGGAGGGCGAGAAAGGCCAACAAGAAGGCCCUCGAGCAAAAGUACGGCAAGGACGGCGAGUCGAGCGAAAGCUCCGCGUCCUCUUCUUCUCCAGCUUCCUCCACCGACACCUGGAUCAUUCCUGCAUCGCCACAAGUGCCUCUUGAGGACCAAGCAGCCUGUCACUUCGUCUCAAACUAUGUACUUGUGCCUCCCCAAGGGAGCGUCAGGGGCUACAUGGAGUUUCUCAUCCCUUUGAUGAAGCUAGGAAACGUGCCCCCGCACUUCAGAUAUGCCUUUGAUGCCUGUGCCUUGGCCUCUCUCAACAACCGCGUCGGUACGGGGAACGAUUUCGAAAAGGAAGCACUGGGAAAAUACACAAAGGCUCUAUCGGCCACAUUCGCCGCCAUUCAGAAUCCAGAAGUAGCCAGGCAAGACACGACACUGGCAUCGGUGCUGCUGUUAGGCUUGUUCGAGAACAUCACGGCCAGACAGUUGGGUAUGCUCGCCUGGGGAUCGCACAUUGAAGGCGCGAUCCAGCUCGCGAGGGCCAGGGGCCGCAAGCAACUGCGGACCAAGGUUGGCUUGGCGAUGUUCAUCGCGGUGCGAACCCAAAUGAUUAUCCACAGUCUUUCCACUUCCAAGAGCCCCGUCAUGGGUGCAGAUUGGUGGAUGAACGACACUGUUCGAGACGAGCAUGCAUCUGACUGCCAGCGGCUGAACAUCGUCAUCGGAGAGCUUCGGGCGGAGACCAACCGACUGCUAACGACGCCUACCCGAUCUCCCGACCACGUCGAGAAAGUGAUGGACAUGAUCAAGCGGUGUCAGGCUCAUGAUUUGGCAUGCGCGAACUGGUCAAAGAAUCUCCCGGACCAUUUUCAGGCGAAGACGGUCGCCUGGGAAGAUAAUGUCCCUUACGGCGACUACACAAAAGCCGAGGUGUACCCAGGGCGCGUCGAUGCGUACCAAGACCUGUGGGUGUGCAGCGUAUGGAACAUGAUGCGAUGCUCUCGCCUUGUUUUGGCAUCAAUAAUAGUUCGGUGCGCGGCUUGGAUCUCGUCUCCUGUGGACUAUCGGACGACACCUGAGUACGCCACAGCCGCUCGCACGUGCGUCGACACCAUCACCGACAUCAUCGCGUCCGUACCGUAUCAGCUUGGCUGGUUCUCAAAGCGAAAAGAUCUUCUCGAGCGGGCCAAUUUCUCGUCGGGCUUUGGAUGCGGCGAGGAGGACGCGCAGAAGGGGCUGGGCGGCUACUUCAUGACCUGGCCGCUAGCUCUCAUCCAUGGGCAGGACUACAUCACGGACUCCCAGCGAGCGUGGGUGCAGGGCCGCCUCGAAUACAUUGGGAACCAGUUGGGCGUUCGAUAUGCGCACAUGCUCACCCAGCUUAACGUCCGGGUCCCAUCUAUGCUCAUUCGUCGAGACGGACUGGUAGCCAACCCCUUCCCGCAGGCGCAUGACUUCCAAAAGCUGCUUUCGGGCAGGCUCUCACCCGCGGCAGCGGGGGCUGGGGCGAAUGAUCCCCUGCAUCAGCGCGAGGCGAUGCAGCGGGAGACGAUACAGCGUCAGACCGCCGAGCUGGUGAGCAAGGCAAUGGGCACGUCGGGCAAGAUCGACGAGUGGACGGCAAAGACAUGGCUGCAGCUACAGAACUUCACGACAACAACGAUUUGAGAAGCAUGGGAGGCGUGUGAGGAGGAUCAUCAAUCCGUUUGGUUUCGAUUUGCGAUCUUCAGGCAGGCGAGCUUUCCAUACCCCCGGUUUGGCAUGGCGAGUGGUGUGUGUGAACUACGUAUACUAGUUUCUUCGGACUGCAGGCUCGCUGCGUACACAGUCGUUUGUGUGCCCGCGGACUGGGUUGCGAACUGGGUUUGGCGUCUCUUGUUGGGUCUCUACUCUUGGGUGAUAUGCUAC